AUGACCGCCGACCACGAAACUUACAGCUUGCAAAAGGAGGUCCUGGAUCUCGAAGUGCGCUUACAGAAUGCAAAGGCCCGUCUAGGCCAGGUCUCUACCCCGCAUUCCGAGCCGGAGCCCCCUCUACCAAGCGAUAUUCCCUUCAUAACAACAAGUCAUGCCCUUCUCCUCCUAUCAGACUCCGCCCUCCCCCUGGGCUCCUUCGCCUACUCCAGCGGGCUAGAAUCCUACGUAGCGCACAACAAGCCCCUCCCCCUCACAACAACACCAGUCGCUUCAUUCCACCGCUUCCUACGGCUUUCCCUAGCAUCAAUGGGUAGUCUCUCACUGCCCUAUGUGCUAGCCGCCUAUCGUGACCCAACCGAUCUCGAAACACUGGACAACGACCUCGACGCAUCAACACCCUGCCCCGUUGCGCAGCGCGCGAGUAUCGCACAGGGGCGGGCGUUGCUGGGUGUAUGGGAACGCGCCUUCCGGAGCACAUAUGCGCCCCGUAGCGGCGAUUAUGUAGUCACGGAUCCCCGGGAGCAGAGUGGCAUCAAGGCGGUUGCGGACUUCUCGGAGGCCUUGAAAUGCUCGAUGGAUGAUGUAUUAGGGGCCAAGGGCCACUUUGCGCCGUUGUGGGGCGCUGUCUGCUUGGCUAUGGGCUUGGACGCUCGACAGACAGCUUAUGUGUUCAUGAUAAACCAUGCCAAAGCUGUGCUCAGCGCUGCUGUUCGGGCUUCGGUGAUGGGGCCAUAUCAGGCACAGAGUGUGCUGGCUAGCAAAGACCUGCAGGACAUGAUCACUGAACGCAUAGACCGGGAUUGGCACACUUCUGUGGAAGACGCAGGCCAGGUAGUGCCCCCGCUAGAUCUUUGGGUUGGACGCCAUGAGCUUCUCUAUAGCAGAAUAUUUAAUUCAUAG